AACUUUGAGACUUAGAGAGAGGGCCACAUAAUCCUACAAAGCUCUCCCAGCUCUUCUGCAGAAAAUUUGAUUUGUCGCCUUUUGUAGUAAAAGUUCUUUUAUUUCCCAAUCAGGGCCAAAAUGUUUUCGAAUGUGCAAAAAGCAGCUGAUAAAGCCCGGCUAUUUCUUCAGAACAUCACGCUUGCAGCACUGAAAUUUCAGAAGCAGAUACAUAUGGCCAAAGACAGUAGUCCAAAAGUGCAGGCUGUGUAUGAACUCUGCAAAGAGAGCUUUACCCCAUCGGCGGCGCCUCUUGCCUCUUCUCAAGUUAUCCAGAAGCUCUGCUCUCUCUUGGACACAUUUUGCCCUGCUGAUGUGGGGCUUAAAGAGAAGACUACAGAUGAUGAUAGAGGACAUGGAUUUGGAGUUAACCAACUGAACAGGGUAGCUCGAUGGGCCCAACCAAUUACAUACUUGAACAUCCAUGAAUGCAAUAGUUUUACGAUGUGUAUGUUCUGUUUUCCUACUUCCUCGGUUAUACCAUUGCAUGACCAUCCUCGGAUGACUGUUUUUAGUAAAGUUCUCUAUGGCUCUCUGCAUGUCAAAGCCUAUGAUUGGGUUGAACCUGCAUGUAUCAAAGAAAACAAAGCUCCUGGUCAUCUUCCAGUCAGAUUGGCUAAGUUAACUGUUGAUAAAGUUCUAGCUGCACCAUGUGCUACUUCAGUUUUGUAUCCAAACAGCGGAGGAAAUUUGCAUUGUUUCACUGCAGUCACACCUUGUGCUGUGCUCGACAUUCUCUCACCUCCUUAUAGAGAAGAUGUGGGUAGAAAAUGUUCUUACUACACUGACUAUCCUUACUCAGCCUUCUCAACAGGAAAUGAAGCUGAGAAAAUUAUAGGAAACGAGGAUGACUAUGCCUGGCUAUUGGAGAUAGAUACACCAGACUAUCUUUAUAUGCGGCAGGGAGUAUACAUUGGUCCAGUUAUUCGCAUCUAGUGCAAAUGUAUGAUGAUUGCUAGAGCUUCUGUUGCUUUUCAACAUAGUUUUUGAGCAGUCGAAAUGGUGAUGCUUUUGUUCAAUUGCUUGACAGUUUUAAGAGAGAAAUGAUCAAGACGCCAGACCAGAACAAUGAGCGUUCAAUAGUGGUUCACUUAUACUCAGAGGAAAGUUGCUGACAAGUAUAUCGAAUGGACUAAUUUUGUUCAUGAAUCUGUAACCUGAAACUUUUUCUUUUUUGAGAGAGAGAGAAACUAAUUUUUAGUUGUAUAAUCCAUCUUAAUCUUCAAUAGUUUUAUAUAUCCAUUGGCUAUUUUCUUGCUAGAAUAUGGUCUCGCCACAGGAUCCUAUCUUGUGACCUCGGAUUACCAAUUUCACAAAAACUAUUUUUAGUUAUUGAAAUGAAUAGA